AUGAAGGUCCUCUUAUGUCUCGCAGCUUUGCUGUUGUUGGCGGCGGCCAUACCUCCCCCCAACACCCCCGAGAACCCGUUGGGAGGCCGCCAGAUCACAGAUCCAAACGUUUUGGCGGAGCUUCAAGCGCGGCAUGCGCGCACGCUUGCCAAGAUGAAGGACGGUGACAAGCUUUUCGUGCAUGUCGAUGAACUGGCCGACUACAUGCAGGACCCAUUGCGGAAGCGCCAAUUUCCGUUUGUCGUCUUUGGCAUCGCUGGUCUCGCCGACGUCAUUGAAGCUGCUGGCGCCGGCGCAGACAUCGCAGGAGAGUUAGUACGCAACCUGUUGAAAGUCUUUUUGUCAGAUGACCACGCCAUUUGGGACAUCAAGGACCACUGCCGCGCGUAUUUCCAGACACAUAGCGGCAGCGAGGGGAACUUCCAGACCUGGGCGCGUGAUUCCGAGAACCCCGAUACCAAUGACAACUUGAACAUAGCUUGGAAUAACCCACAGACCACCCGCCCGGACUGCAAAGGCCUGUGUGCCUCCGGUGUCAAGGACCAGUUCUCGCACAACGGUGUCGUCUGGGGCGGCAACUGUGCUAUCCCUUGCAAGUCAGAUGGCGACAAUGGCUACACAGUCCAACCCGCUCCACCAAAACCAAGUGCCACAGUGAUGGUGGUAGGAGAUUCGAUCUCGCAUGGGAUGGAGGGCGACUGGACCUGGCGUUGGCGUAUCUUUGCCUGGUGUGAGUACUUGUUUCUGCCGGCCUUAGCCAAGGCCAUUGUGUGUGCGAGGCUAAAAUCUGAUCCGACAUGUCUAGUGCAGGAUAAUCUGGGCUACAAGGUCGAUUUCGUCGGGCCGUGGUUUGGCACACAUGGGCCGACUCUGCCCCAAGCCGCCCUACCGCAGCCACCCCUUUUCCCAGGAGAGUCUGCUCCGCAAAUCAAAGAAGUCACCGGUCUCUACGCUGACGGGGUCCCGGGCUUCUUCGGCCCUAGCGGGCACGCUUCGUGGUGGGGCCGGCAGGUCGCGCAGUCAAAGCAGACCAUCAAAGCCUGGGUCCAGGAGUACCAGCCAGACUAUCUCUUUAUCCUGCUCUGGUUCAAUGACCUGGGUUGGUUUGUGAGCGGCCCUAAAGACUUGGUCGGCAGCAUGGGGCAACUAGUGGAGAACGCACGAGAGGGCAAGCCAGACGUCAAGAUCCUCCUGGGCAAUGUCGUGCACCGCAAAUUCCUCCACGGCCGCCAAGAUCUGGUCGACAACACAAACACGUACAACCAGCUGCUGCGCGAGAGGUACCCAAGCUGGUUUCGAUGGGAGUCUCCUAUUGCCUACGUUGACGUCAACACUAACUAUAACUGCCGCCCUGAGGGUUGUCCUGACGGCUACGAUGGACUGCAUCCCAAUUCGAUGGGCGAGUACCAUAUCGCGCAGGCUUUUGCUCGCAGCGUUAAGGCCGACUUUGGAUUCCAAGGUCCGGACUUCGUGGUUCCUGCCAACCCAGAGCCGAGGUUUGUCAGCACGCCGACCGGUGUGCAAACUUUCUCAUUCCCAGAGGGCUUGCAGACGAUUUGGAAUAGGGGGAUGACGGGUUGGUGGUCUGAGGGCCAGGUCUACACUAGCACGAUCGCCAGCUGGAGCCCAUGGCUACUAGACGGGCAGACGUGGGAGUUCCACGUCCGCACACGAGGCGACAACGACGACGCGUCCAGCUGCUCAGAGAUCACUACGGCUACAGCUCACUUGCAGACCUCUCUGGGGCCGCCCAACAUUGUGUCAGUGCCGUUGGGGGCUGACGGCGUCCAUGUCUCCUGGGGGGCCGUUACCGGGUGCAAUGUCAACCGGUACGGAGUCAUCGUGUGGGAUAGGGACACGGAGGGAGCACUCGUCGAUACACACGCCGCAUCAGGGACAAGCCUGUUUAUCGGUGGACUGAUACCCGGGCACCGCUGCGGAAUUUAG